AAGAAAAAACGCGAAAAGAAGGGAGAGAAACGGAAAAAAGAUGGCACAAACGUCCGAGCCGGCCCCCGUGCACUGCUACACGAAUCCAUCGUUUUGUCGUCAAUCCGAGUACAUCCCUGACGACAGAGAGAACCUACCACCUCCGCCGCAAUUUCAAAGUAGCGAAGAGUUACCGCCGCCGCCGCCGCCUUUGCAAAUGCAUCUACAAUGCGGUCAAAGCAAUCCCGCGUUUCAGGCCAACGCCGAAACGCGAAUAGAGAGGCAAAUCGAAACGCGAGAGGGCAGAGAACAUAGGCGAUAUUGUUAUUUGGAUGAGAAUAGAGAUCCAGUGCACAAGAGGUAUGCCAGUUUGCCGAUCGAAGAUCGCGGCGUGGUCGCGUACGGACGAUCCUCGAGGUACGAGUACAUUCAGGACGAGCAAAGGGGUCACGUGCAGAGAAGGCCUUCCAUCAGGUACGAGUUCAUUCCGCGCCAGCAGGUGCAACGGCAACGUUCCGCGCCGCCGCUCAACCAAGACGACGGACGACGGGGCCUACAACGGAUGCAGACGAACCGGAACAAUGGCGGAAGAUACGCGAUCGUACCGGGUGAACUCGAUUAUCCGGACGAAGACGACGACGACGACGAUCGCAACAACGGCGUCAACGACGACAACGACGACAACGACGACGACGACGACGACGACGACGACGUUACGAGAAGCGCUUGGAACGGUAGACGAGCCUCACCGGUGCGACGCGGUAGCGUAAACACGCCUCAAGGACGUUACACGAGAGUACCGUUGCAAGACGAGGAUCCUCCGGCCCUUCCGGAAAGGAACCUUCAACAGGAAUACUCGACGUCGCCGAGGAACAACCUGGCGACGAAGAAACUUCACGAGAUAUUGACGACUCCGCGAAAGCCAAGGUCUAGAUCGGAGGAACGAACCCUAUCGCCAAAGAGGCAACAGAGCGUGAAUCAAACCGGUACGCCACAAAGGAGAACCCUCACCCCAGCUGGAUCCCCAAGCGGUCAUACCUUUAGCCCGACCUCUCGUACGACUCCUCAAGGAACUCCGCAAAAUCGAGCGUUUCCAGCGAACGGCCCUCAAACCUCGACACCGAACAAAGAACCCUCGGCUAGGAGGUGUCUACCCCUCGUUGAGAACUCGUCCCGACAACGGGACGUAUGUCCAGCCAGUAAUUGCGGCAGACUUCGUUACGUUGGUACGGCUCCGGUCGAUCUUGCGUCGAUGGUUCACGGAGAACCGCCGCCUCGUUAUGGAUAUCUCGAAAACGGUCCGGAAUCUAUGCCAAUGGUGUCUGGUUCUCCGAGGUAUCAGGUACUUCCGGCCGAUCAAAAGAGGAACGGCUAUCAGAGCGUGGAGAGCGCGUUUAUCGCGAGGACCGCCGUAGUACCACCGUUAUCUCCGCCGCAUAGCGACGUUAACACGACCCUGGCAAGCGCGUUGGAGAAAAAUGAUCGAAGAAAUGCCCCGCUAUUGCUCGUCCUGGUAGGCGUUUUAACCUGUGGCCUGGCCAUCUACCUCUCCUGGACGCAAGGAAGAAGAUAUUACUUCGACAGUGCUGCCGGUUGCGGUGCCUGUUGCGCCCUAGCAGGAGCUUGCAGAAGUUUAAGAAGGACCUGGACCGGGCUGGGUCUCGCGGGACUCUCCGCGCUGAGUUGCGGCGGACUCUUGUUGCUAGCUGCGAAAUCGCCCAGACCAGGAACUCCUCUUCACGACGUCACCGCCGGUGCUUUGUGCGGAGUUUCGCUUUUAGGCGCUUGCCUCGCGCUCCUCGCCGUGUUAACGCCAAAGUGUAACUUGGGUAGACACAGGAGAGUGCACUCUUGGAUCCCUCGGCUGUCGCCUUGAAUCGUUUUAGACAUUUUCAUGAACUCUCGUAAAUACGUUGAAUUGGAUCGUAUCAGAGCGGACGACUUACUUUCAUUUUCGGAUCGUCGUUGCGAUUAUAGAAACACAACGUGUCCUAGUCCAGUCGAUACGCAUAUGUAUACGUUAGAAAGUAUCUUCGUUUUUACGAACGACGAACCGUCGACUCUCGAGCAAGGACCCUUCAAAGCUCUUUGGAGGUGCCAAAUCUAUUUCAUGACAUGCAUGUACGCGCGUGUGAAAAGUAGGUGUAAGAAGACUCGUAUCGUCCAAUUCCUACGACCCAAGUGGCCUUGUACUUCCCAUAGAUUGUAAGAACCGACAGUGUAAUAAAAUUUCUACGAUCGUCAA